AUGGCAAUCCUGAACUCGCUCAUUACGUAUGUUUUCAUAGCGACAGCUCUUUUUUACGCUUUUACCUUCAGCUUUCGUGUCCUGCUGCACCCGCUUCGGAAGUUUCCAGGCCCUUUCGUUGCGGGUCUUUCAGAAGCAUAUGGAGGGUUUUAUGCCAUUAAGAAAUGCCUGCAUCUGCAGGCCUACAAAAACCAUCUCAAAUAUGGACCGGUGGUAAGACAAGGCCCUGAUCGACUUGUUUUCAAUUCGGCCACAGCUUUGCAAGCAAUCUACCAAAAUGAGGCCAUUGCCAAGUCCUACGUCUAUGCGGUCGCGCAACCGGAUCAGCAUAAUAUCUUCACGACGACUGACAAGAGCGAGCACCGACCCAAGAGGAAACUCAUCAGCCAGGUCCUCUCGGAUCAUUCGAUGAGAAGAUUCGAGUCAACCAUGGCGGAGCAAAUCGAUGUCUUCCUAGGACGACUCCUGCAAUCAGACUCAAGCCCAAUCAAUAUGACCCCCGCUUGUCGGAAACUGGGCCUGAACAUCGCUGGGCUUCUCGGCUUUGGUUAUGACCUUGAACUGCAGACGGACAACACGCACAUAUUUUUGACUGACGCUAUCAAUUUCGGCAACUACCGAGUAAACACGUGUAUGCAAUUCACGCCACUGGCGCGGCUCAAGCCUGGGCCCAUCAUGGACCUAUUCCCUAACAGCUUGAGGGCUCGGCUUAUGGACCAGUCAGACCUUGAUAUCAAAAACCUUAAGCAGCAGAGCCUUUGGACUGAGGCAGUCUUUUUCUUUGCGGCAGGAGGCGAAACGAUUGCAUCAAGCCUAGCUGCGGCAUUCUUUUAUCUGUCGCGUAAUUCAUCAUGCUACGAGAAACUCGCAACAGAGAUCCGCACCACCUUCAGAUCAGGGCGAGAAAUAUCUGGUGGAUCACGACUUUCAGGCUGCCGAUACCUCCGUGCCUGUAUUGAUGAGGCGUUGCGUAUGUCUCCGCCAGUUCCCGGGAUUCUGUGGCGUGAGGCCACGCCCGGUAUCAAGGACAAACCAUUAGUCAUAGACGACCACGUCAUCCCCUCUGGCACCCAGGUUGGCGUGAGCAUCUACAGCCUCCACCACAACGAGGAGUACUUCCCCGACCCGUUCGAGUUCCAACCCGAAAAGUGGUUGGUGGGGACAAAGUCCAGCAGAGCCGCUGCGCAAGCUGCGUUUACACCGUUCUCGAUUGGCUCUCGCGGAUGUGCCGGGAAGACUAUGGCGUAUUUAGAGAUCAGUCUCGUGCUAGCAAAGACCUUGUGGUACUUUAACUUUCAAAGGACAUCAUCCGUAUGCAAAAAGGACUUGGGCAGCGGAAUUUCUAGAGUUACACAGGGACUGGCUACGGAAAACGAGUUCCCGAUAUACGAUGUAUUUGCGGCAAGUCAUGAUGGGCCGACACUCGAAUUUCAUCCACGGGAUAGCUUGUGCGACGAGUUGACGAGGUUCUAA